AUAUUAGAUCUGCAUCACAAAUAUGGGCAUGGUUGGUUGUAUUGAUUCUGUUGAAAAACACAUUGAAUGAUUUAGGAUGGAUAUGGGCAUGGUUGGUUGUAUCGAUUCUGUAUUGAGUCUGUUGAAAAACACAUUGAACGAUUAGUUAAGUAAAACCAAAUAAUAAUGUCUCCAAGAUAGAUAUGAAGAAAGCAAUUGGGAGAACGACUAAGGCAAAGUGGAGCCCUUCGUUAUGGGAAUAUCUGGAAUUUGUGUGGGUAAACCACGCCAUAGUAAUGUGACUGCAACACUAUUGCUUGGAAGCAAGUCAAGGCUAUAAAGGCAUAUAAGUCAAGUUAUUUUAGUGCAAUCAUUAAACUGCAGCCUGGCUAUACUGCAGGAGUUGAAACUGCAUUCUAUUGGACUCCGGUGGAACAAAGGGAAAUUGAUUUUGAGCUACAACUUGUGUCCUCCAGCUUCCAGCUUAAAGGCAGGAAGAUGGCAGACAAUGAAGCUCCUGAAAUGAAAGAAGAAGUCUCUGAGCUUGCUCCAUUUGAUCCUACCAAGAAGAAAAAGAAGAAGAAGGUUGUGAUACAAGAUGCAACAGAUGAAGGAGCAGAGAAGGCGACAGAGAAAAUGGAAAGCCUUUCAGUUUCUGAUACAUUGACUGGACUGAAGAAAAAGAAAAAGAAACCUGUGGAAGGCAGUUUUCAAGAAGAGGAGAAUGUAGAGCCCAUAGAGGAUGCUAAUGGUAACCAUGAGGAUGAGGAUGUAGGAGGAGAAGAAACUUCUCUUCAAAUUCGAUAUCCGUGGGAGGGAAGUGAUCGUGAUUACAAAUAUGAAGAGCUUCUUGGAAGAGUAUUCAAUAUCUUGCGAGAGAACAAUCCAGAACUUGCUGGAGAUAGGCGUAGAACUGUCAUGAGGCCACCUCAGGUUCUCCGUGAGGGUACAAAAAAGACUGUGUUUGUGAAUUUCAUGGAUCUGUGCAAAACGAUGCAUAGACAGCCAGAGCAUGUUAUGAAUUUCUUGCUUGCAGAAAUGGGGACAAGUGGUUCUCUUGAUGGACAGCAGCGUCUAGUUAUCAAGGGAAGAUUUGCUCCAAAGAAUUUUGAGGGAAUUCUGCGACGAUAUAUCAAUGAAUAUGUGAUAUGCAAUGGUUGUAAGAGUCCUGAUACCAUCCUUUCAAAGGAAAAUCGGCUUUUCUUCCUUCGCUGUGAGCAGUGUGGAUGCUCACGUUCUGUGGCACCCAUCAAGGCUGGUUUUGUUGCUCGUGUUGCACGUCGUAAAGCAGGGACAUAAGAUUCAAAUGACACGCAAUGGAACCUUGUUUAUGUUCCUCCUCGUCAAAAUGUUACAGAAUACUUGAAUUGGGAAUAUAAGGACGUGAAACAAUUUAUUUAAAAACUACUGCAUUUUUUCAGUUCAUCACAGUUUUUAUACAACUAAUGAACCGAACUUGUCACUGAAGCUUGGCCAUUUUGGUUAAAUUACUAAAUAAAAGUAAAAACUGUAAUGCUACCAAGAAUGCCAUGCGAAUUUAGAUAUUUGGAAAUCCAAAUUGUGUAUCCUGUAUAACUGCUUAACAUUGAUAAUAUUAUUAACAGUUAAAUUUUUUAGUA